AUGAAGGACACCAGCAUCCCCCCCGGCUUCUGGGGGAACUUGUCCCCUCUGCAGGAGUCUCGUCUGCAGCAGCUCUGGACCCUCCUGUUGCACCUGGCAGAGGCCUCGUCCCUCGGCGCCCUCGAGCAGUUCGUCAGCGUCAACAGCCUCGAGCGCGUCCGCACCUCUGUCUCCUCGCUGUCCUCCCGCUCCCAACCCAGUAGUCGCCGCAACUCCCUCUUCUCUCGCGCCGAGGGAACUCUCGUUCGCAGGGGCAGUCGAGCCUCUGUCUCUGUGCACCAUACCCGGCUCCUCGAGACUUUUCGCGGCGUCGGCCUCUCCGCUACUCAGGUGCGCAACGUGCGUCGCUUCCUUGCCGUCUUGUCCCCCGAGGAUAUCAGGUUCGGCGUCCUGACGGCGGCGAAACAUGAGCAUCCGGACGUUCUUAUCCUCCGGUUUCUGCGGGUGUCCAAGUGGGACGUUAACCAGGCGCUCGUCCACCUUUUGAAUGCAACCGUGUGGCGGUUGAAGGAGAUGCAGGUGGAUAAUGUGCUACUCCCGCGCGGGGAACUGUACGCUGUGCAAAACGAGAAGGAUGUUUCGAAUCGACAUGUCGCGGGCGAGGCGACUGGCUUUCUGAAACAACUGAGGAUUGGAAAAGGCUUUGUACAUGGUGUCGACCGUAUGAAUCGGCCGAUUGCUGUGGUGCGCAUACGCUUCCACCGGCCUGGAGAGCAGAGCCAGGAGGCUCUUAACCAGUUCAUCACGCAUGUUAUCGAGAGUGCGCGGUUGCUUUUAAAGCCGCCUAUUGAGUCUGCGACGGUUUUGUUUGACAUGACGGGCUUCUCGCUGGCCAACAUGGAAUACGCCCCAGUUAAGUUUAUUAUUCGCUGCUUCGAGACAUUCUACCCCGAGUGCCUCGGUGUCCUCCUCAUCCACAAUGCCCCGCGAGUAUUCGGAGGCGUCUGGAAAAUAAUCAAACCCUGGAUAGACCCGCGCCUCGUCGAAAGAAUCCACUUCACAAACACAGUGCAAGACCUCGAGAAAUAUAUCGACCGCGACCAGAUCAUCUCCGAGCUCGGCGGCAACGAAGACUGGGAGUACGAGUACCUCGAACCAGAAGCAGACGAGAACCACGCCAUGAAGGACUACGCGACGCGCGAUACUCUCCUCGCAGAGCGCCAGUCCAUCGGCGAGGAAUUUCUCUCCGCCACGUCCCGCUGGAUAGCAGCGUCUAGAGCCGGGAGCUCAACAGAUCUCAGUGAGGCGAUUGCGCACCGCGAGGAAGUCAUCGAGCAGGUUCGGCUUAAUUAUUGGGAUCUGGACCCGUAUGUGCGCGCGAGGAAUAACUUGGACCGUACCGGUGUGAUUCAGGAGGGUGGGCUUAUUGAUAUGUAUCCUGCGCCGAAGCAGCAGCCACUGCCCCUGCCUGUGUCCGUGCAGAUUCGGACGGCGAAGGUGCUCCAGGUUGCGCAUGUGCAGAGGGCGCAGGUGAAGAUUGUUAAUGUUUGA